UGUCGUUCAUAUCGUUCACAUAAAAUCGUUUAUCAUUCACCACUAACCUCAGCAAAACAGGGCCACCGUCAACCUCACCGCCCCGAUUAUUCCCUCUCCCCUACCCCACUCGUAUUUCAGAAAUAAAUAAUGAUACAUCAACGUAUCUGAUAUGUAAAAAUAAUCGUAGAAAAAUUUUCACUAAUAAAUCGCAGCAACGAUAGAUGAAAAUCGGCGCUGAAGAAGUGAGUGAUGACUGGAUCCUUGUGAUAACGAAGGUCGAUGGAUUGACGUGCCUCACGAGGAAGAAGUGCAAAGGCAACUGGAGAUUCGAGAGUAUUAUCCGGUAUAACGGUACCAAAGAUGGAGGUGAAAUAAACGAGUGUGGGGAGGAAAUUCCUGGGGUGACUGUUGGGGUUGUGGAGGUGGGAGAGUACCAAUGGUGGAAAGUUGUCAAGUGGUAUUCCUCGGCGAAUUCUUGUGAAACGUGGACGAGAGUCGAUGUCAAAAGUGAAGGUUGUGGUAAUUGUAAGGAGGAGGUAUACAGGGGAUGGGCGACGUGACAUUGGAGUUGAAAUGGAAGGCGCAGUAGCCGGGGAUACUUGAAUUUCAAAGACACUGAAUUGAUACAUUUUCCUUCUCCUCCUUUUUAUCUUGAAAUUUUCAUUGAAAUUUUCCAGCAACUGGCGGUGAGGGAAAUAGAACAGAAAAAGGAUAAAAGAAAUCAGCAUAAACUUAACGUGAAAAAAAAUUAAGAGUUAUGAGAAUCACUGGCUGUUCAGCCAGUGAGCAGCGAGGAUUGUCAAAAUCCGGGAAUACCCCUGUCGUUGGAUGUACAAUGUGUUGAGCAUUGAGAGGGAAAAAUUAGUUGCAAUAAUUGAGAAAAUUUUAAACAAAAUUGUUUCGUGCUAAGUGGCGUGUAUUAGUGUUAAUAAAUGUGUCGAUCACGGUACAAAACGUGAGAACGAUAAGGUGGAGAAGUGGUGUGCUCCCGGCGUCCAACGGACCGUGGCGAGAAAAGUGGAAGUGGCGAAGGAAGAGAAGAUAACGAGAGGACGAAGGUGGUGGUGGAGAGCAAGGAGUUAGCGACGGCUGGUGGACCUCCGAUCUCUCGGAGCUCAAGGGAGUACGAGGAGAGUAGCCUGGAGGGGCAACUUUAGAGCCAGUUAAGUUUGAGUUGGCCUAGGCCAACCACAAAAGACGAGUGAGGAUGGCGACGAUAGACGGCCGGCCGGCCCAAUAUGGUAUCACUCUCAAACAGCUACGAGAGCUUAUGGAACAUCGAGGGCGAGAGGGAGUAGGUAAAAUCAGUGGUUAUGGUGGUGUACAGGAAAUAUGCAAAAAAUUGUAUACCUCACCCAGCGAUGGCCUCAGUGGGUCAUCAGCGGAUAUGCAGCACAGGCGAGACACAUUUGGCUCCAACAUGAUACCUCCAAAACCACCAAAAACGUUUUUACAAUUAGUGUGGGAAGCCCUACAAGAUGUUACUUUGAUUAUUCUUGAGAUAGCUGCAUUGGUUUCAUUAGGACUUAGUUUCUAUCAUCCUGUAGACGAUCCAUCUGACGUUGUCGACGUAAAAAUACACGAGGAUGAAGCAAAGUACGGGUGGAUCGAGGGUCUUGCGAUCCUCAUCUCUGUUAUUGUCGUUGUAUUAGUGACAGCUUUUAAUGAUUACUCGAAAGAAAGACAAUUUCGAGGCCUCCAAAAUAGGAUAGAGGGAGAGCACAAGUUUGCUGUCAUACGACAGGGAGAAGUCAAGCAGAUUUCUGUAUCUGACAUUGUUGUGGGUGACAUUUGUCAGAUUAAAUACGGUGACUUGUUACCUGCUGAUGGAAUCCUGAUACAGAGCAACGAUCUCAAAGUCGAUGAGUCUAGUUUAACGGGUGAAUCGGACCAUGUGAAGAAGGGGGAGGCUUUUGAUCCUAUGGUGCUAUCUGGUACACACGUGAUGGAAGGCUCCGGCAAGAUGCUAGUAACUGCUGUAGGUGUGAAUUCCCAAGCAGGUAUCAUCUUUACACUUCUGGGCGCUGCUGUAGAUCAACAAGAAGCAGAAAUCAAGAAAAUGAAGAAAGAGGCUAAAAAGCAGCGGAAGAAGAAGUCUCUCUCAGGUGAGGAAGCCGGAGAAAUAACGGGAAAUAGCCACGGAGGCAGUGGUGGUGCACGUCCACACGAUUCCGGUGAAAAUCAUCAUGCACCGAGUGGAGGUGGUGGUGGUGAAGCAGCUGCUGAGGCUGGUAAAAAGGAGAAGAGUGUACUUCAGGCUAAAUUAACGAAACUCGCUAUUCAAAUUGGUUACGCUGGCUCAACGAUAGCUGUACUCACAGUCAUUAUUCUAGUCAUACAAUUCUGCGUGAACACAUUUGUCAUUCAUCACAAGCCAUGGAAAAGAACGUACGCCGGUAAUCUCGUUCGACACUUGAUCAUUGGUGUUACUGUACUUGUGGUAGCUGUACCGGAAGGUCUUCCUCUAGCUGUUACGCUGUCUCUCGCCUAUUCGGUCAAGAAAAUGAUGAAGGACAACAAUUUGGUGCGUCAUCUUGACGCCUGUGAGACAAUGGGCAAUGCAACGGCAAUCUGCUCAGACAAGACUGGUACACUGACGACCAAUCGUAUGACAGUUGUUCAGUCGUAUGUGUGUGAAAAAAUGAGCAAAACGAUAUCAUCGUUCAGUGAAAUACCCAAUCAUGUGGGCAACUUACUCAUUCAUGCGAUAUCGAUAAAUUCGGCGUACACGUCCAGAAUAAUGCCAUCGCAGGAUCCAUCCGAGCUUGCAAUGCAGGUCGGUAACAAAACCGAAUGUGCCUUACUUGGAUUUGUAUUGGCCCUGGGCCAGAAUUAUCAAACGAUACGAGACGACCAACCCGAGGAGACAUUCACGCGGGUGUAUACUUUCAACAGUGUUAGAAAAAGUAUGUCCACUGUUAUACCGAGACCGGGCGGUGGCUACAGGCUCUUCACCAAGGGUGCUUCCGAGAUCAUCAUGAAGAAAUGUGCCUUUAUUUAUGGUCGCGAUGGACAUCUGGAGAAGUUUACCAGAGAUAUGCAGGAUCGCCUGGUUAAGAACGUGAUUGAACCCAUGGCAUGCGAUGGACUACGUACAAUCUCCAUAGCAUAUCGUGACUUUGUUCCUGGUAAAGCAGAAAUCAAUCAAGUACACUGCGAGGGUGAACCGAACUGGGAGGACGAGGAAAACAUUGUUUGCAAUUUAACCUGUCUCGGUAUCGUAGGUAUCGAGGAUCCAGUAAGACCCGAGGUACCAGAGGCAAUAAGAAAAUGCCAGAAGGCUGGUAUAACAGUGAGAAUGGUCACUGGUGAUAACAUCAAUACAGCAAGAUCAAUUGCCUUCAAGUGUGGUAUUCUAAAGCCCACCGAUGAUUUCCUCAUUCUCGAGGGUAAAGAAUUCAAUAGGAGAAUCAGGGAUGCACAUGGCGAGGUUCAGCAACAAUUGUUGGACAAAGUAUGGCCAAAAUUGAGGGUACUGGCAAGAUCAUCACCAACUGACAAGUACACACUCGUCAAGGGUAUUAUUGAUAGUAAAGCAACAGCAAGUCGUGAAGUUGUUGCCGUAACUGGGGAUGGUACGAAUGAUGGUCCAGCGUUGAAGAAGGCUGACGUUGGUUUUGCCAUGGGUAUUGCUGGCACUGAUGUCGCUAAAGAAGCUUCCGAUAUUAUUCUUACCGAUGAUAACUUCUCAUCAAUUGUAAAGGCUGUUAUGUGGGGAAGAAAUGUAUACGACAGUAUAGCCAAAUUUUUACAGUUCCAAUUGACUGUGAAUAUUGUUGCUGUUAUUGUGGCAUUUAUUGGUGCAUGCGCUGUACAAGACUCACCACUCAAAGCGGUACAAAUGUUGUGGGUCAAUUUGAUUAUGGAUACAUUAGCCUCACUUGCACUGGCUACGGAAUUACCAACACCAGAUCUACUACUUCGUAAGCCAUAUGGACGCACGAAACCACUUAUAUCAAGGACUAUGAUGAAGAACAUCCUGGGUCAAGGGAUUUAUCAGUUGGCCGUUAUUUUUACGCUUCUCUUUGCGGGACACAAAAUUUUUGACAUUGACAGUGGUCACGCUGGUCACAGUGGCCAUACUGGCAUACCAACACAACACUUCACCAUGAUAUUCAACACUUUUGUCAUGAUGACCUUGUUCAACGAAUUGAAUGCCAGGAAAAUUCAUGGUCAAAGAAAUGUCUUCCAGGGAAUAUUCACUAACCCCAUAUUCUAUUCAAUUUGGAUUGGAACCGCUUUGUCUCAAAUUGUUAUCAUUCAGUAUGGUAAGAUGGCAUUUAGCACAAAGGCUCUCGAUUUAGAUCAGUGGAUGUGGUGUCUGUUCUUCGGUUUUGGUACGCUACUGUGGGGCCAAGUAGUCACGACUGUUCCUACACGCAAACUUCCCAAGAUAUUCUCAUGGGGUCGCGGCCAGCCAGAUGAUAUUGGUGCUAUGCAUCUAGGAGACGAGAAAUACGACCCAGACUCGGAUAAAAAGCCGCGCGCAGGACAAAUUCUAUGGAUCCGUGGUCUAACACGGCUGCAGACUCAGCUUCGAGUAAUCAGAGCAUUCAAGUCGACUCUGGAAGAUUUGGAGGAGCGUCGUUCUGUUCAUAGUUUACACAGCUUACACAGUAUGCGAAGUUCACGCAGCCACACUGGGCCCCGGCCACUAUCAGAUUUCACAUACAUUGACGAAGACUCAUCAAAUCUUAUGAACAAAUUGAGACAGCAGAACACCGAACAGGAUCACGACUCAAGCUCUAGAGGCUCACGUAUACCAUCAAUCAACAGUCCAGCAUCGCCUCUUCUACUGAAUGUACCUGGCUCGGGAUCCUCGUACAGCAAUAAUCAUCGUCACUCCAACAACAAUCGCACCUCCAAUAAUACUAACGAACAUCAACCCCUGAGUCCUAAUCAUACGACGAGUAGAGGCAUUGACAAUGGGACAGAAAAUUCCCCAUCUAUGGGUUCAAAUGAGCCAAUAUUACCCCUAGAAUUACCUAAACUCGUUCACGAGACCAGCAUCUAAUGUGGCUACUUCAUUAUUUGUCUCAGCAUGUUCCAUCAUUCAAUCAUCAUCAUCAUCAUCUUUCUUUCAUUUCCAGUAGCUUGACCCUUUUCAUAGCUUAACAGAUGCAGAAUUCUUCUUGGUAUUCAUUUCGUUGUCAACAACUCUUCGUUACUGUCUAGAAUUUCCGUUUUUCUCAUCUGCGCCAUUCUCGUUUGGCAGUGCUUUGUGGGUAGGGCAGGCGUCUUCGUGUUUAUCCCAUCUGCGGAUACGUUCUCUCUAAUCUGUACUUACAUCGCUAGGACGAAGAACAUUAUCACACGCACAGUAUCAUCCUCCGAAGUGUUGUGACUUUUUGGUUUUAUUCGUUCAUCAUUUUGACUAAUGCUAACAAAUGCAAACUUGAUUUGCACUGUAUGUGUAAUAUACUUAUAACUUUUCACUAUAACGCAAUACUUGGGACCAGCAAAAUCUUCUCCGUGAAAGUACUUAAUUCGAUUUCAUGUAAUGUGGACCCUGAUUCAACGGAAUACUUCUUUUUUAUAACAAGAAGAAUGCCAUUAAUAACGGCUCACAAUUUAUUAUCAGAUACUCUUCACUAACCAACAACGAUCAACAUUCAAUAAUAAAACCGAACAAAUUACAUUCAGAAACAGUCAAUAUUCUUAUCGUCUAUCUUUCUUAACUUUGCAUAAUACUCGAGACUGCUUGCUCUUUCACCUGUCAACCGUUAAUUUAUGUGUUUGUCUAAUCUUGCGUAUCACUGUCUGCAUGGCCUGUUCGCCUGUGUGCCUGACAAAAUCUCAUUGUUCUGACCUUUCAUCUGAUUGGUAAUAAUGCGAAAAGAAGUCCAACAACUCAAAUCAUAAACGUAGGCGUAACAUUCAUUCAUCCUUCCUUCAUUAUGGGAAUAUUCGCAAUCAAGUCGCAUUUGAGUCUGGUAUUUUCACCAUUCCCGCAACGAAACUUUGCCGUGUGUAAAGACCUUUUUAGAUAAUUACACAAUACCGCAAUCAUCACAGACACUUUUGCUACCACUAAAAUCUCAAUUCAAUUCCACAUAGUGCGGUGGCAUGCUCUCAGUUUAAACCCAUUAUGUAUAUUCAGAUUAUCAGUGUUAAUUUGUGGUCUGUGCAUACAGACACUCAACUCAUCGAAUGCACUUUGCAUUGCUGUGCCACAUAAUCAUAAGUGGCCAUAAUUUCUCUUUUUCUGAAAAUUAACGUGAAUGAUGAACAAGUUUCAUCAAAUAUACUUACCGUCUUUAUUCACGUGAAGUUCAUAUGAUAAAAUUCGCAGUGAGGCGCUUUGGAAAUUCAUCUGCCUAACAAUACUCACUUCUUGUUUCUUUUCUUUUGAAUUUCGUUUUAAUUGCUACUAUUUAAUUGUUAUUUAACAUUUGGCCCAUGUGAGUGAUUAAUACGCGGCUGGUAAUUACGGGGCUCAGGGAAGAGUAAAUGGUGAAAAGUAUGGAGAUAACGUUUUUUCAGUGAAAACUUUGUUUCUCCAUUCCCUUAUUGAUUGCUUCAUCAUUAUCUAUUAAUUAUUUAAUAUUAGUUCUAUUAUCGGUUUGUUUAUUUUUUAUUUUAUACACUUUAUUAUCAAAGCACAUUAUCUUACAAUCUGAGAUUAAGUUAUGUAACGAUCUAAAUAACGAUGUAAUUCUUAUGCGUGUUAAUUCAAAAUUGCAUUUUCCACAAUUUUGAAUAUAAGUUGAAACAUGAAAAUGUUGAUGGUUUAUGUUUCAAUAUCAUUUUGUCUGAUUAAGCAGUUCCUUCUUACAAAACAGUCUUAUUAUUUUUGGGAAAAUCAUUCAAUUAUCCGAGGACAAUGGAGUUAUUAUCAAUGUUCAUUAACACUGACACGUACACGGACACACAUGCGUCUCGAUUAGCGCAACAAUUUUAAACUAUUAUCAUUAUUAUUAUUAAUAAGCAUAGCCGUUGAUACGCGUUUCCAUUUCCAGGCCUAAAAAAGUAAAUAAAUUUAGUAAUUUGCCGAUUGGGCUUAUUCAACUUUGAAUGAAGACGCCUACAUGCCAAGUUGGAAAGGUUCCAUUUGGAAUACAAGCCAAAAGACAAAAGAAUUUCGUGUAUUUGCAGGGGAAUUUGUAGCAUAUAGUCAAGGUCUUUUUCACUAAAAAUAAGUAACCUGCAGUGAUGGAGAACUGAGAAGGAAGUGGGAACGCGUUGAAGUGGUCUGCCAAAAUAUACUAUGAAGUAAUGAACAUGAAGAGAAUUUAUUAAAAUUUGAACGAAUACGAACGAAUCUCGUCCUCCAUUGAAACUCAUUCCCUGGAUGCUGUGCUAAGCAUUAUUUUAAAAUGCAAAAGAAAAAAAAUGUACUUAUUGCUUUUGUGAAAUUGCUAAUUGGUUGUUUUGUGUUUAUGGCGGCACACUCGGCGACUUAGGAGAGUCUGACAAAGAAUUUUUAUUUUAUUUGUUUGACAUAAAUAAAUAAAUAAAUUCAAGGAUGAUUCAACGUUGGGGACGAGAAGCUAUUUUUGUUGAGGCAAAAGAAAAAAAUUAUGGGUGCAUUUUAAUAUAAGUAGACGACAGCUGUAUUGUCGGGGAUUUUCAUUAAAAAUAUAAAAAACAAUUCGCCAAUCAACUUUUUUUCAUUGGCAAUUGAUGAAACGCCUUAAUUUGUCGACGAUUUUAUUAAUCAAUUGCUUAUACUAUGUAUAGUGUAUGAAAGAUGAAUCGAUCGUUUUAACUAAGCGUUAUUAAUCCUAAUAUUUACUACUGCCAUUGUUACGUUAAUGUCCGAGGAUAAAAGAUGAAAGAAAAUCACUGAUUAUACGAAAAAGAAAAUGAGAAAUUGAGAGGAAAUAUAUCAUAUAUAUAUAUAUAUAUAUGCAUAUUUUAAAUAGACAACACGGAGGAAUUUUCAUUGGAAUUUCCACGUGCCAACGCGAUGAGAAAAAUUGAUUUAUGACAGUUCAAUAUUGAUCAUUUUUCGAGUGAUCGUAUAGUCAAAAUACUUUCCGUGAAAUUAUGAAAUUCAAUGAUUCCGGGGUUUACAAUCAAAACAGAAGAAUACGACGAAUUAUUUCUAUUCAUAACUAUAAAAAUGUAUAAAAAGUGAAAAAAAAAUUAAUUCUUGCAUUACUCUUUUAAAACACAAAACAAAUGUAGACAUCCAUGUAUAUACUUGACAUAAGUUUUAUCCUUAAUCUUGUUUUAUUAAUUUUUUGUCCUUUAUUUUGUUUUUUAACUGCAUAAUUAAAAUGAAAAUUCAUUACUAGAAUUUGGUCCAUAAUGUUUUUAUCAACAAAUAUGUCAUGAGAGCGGCACAAAGUUAUGACGAACCGGAGGCAUUCCAAAUGAUGAAAAAUUAUUAAUUAUUUGACUGGUUGUAACAUCAAUAAAAAACACAAAAAACAACGCAAUUUGAAAGAUUGGAGAAUUUUUCAUUCAACUAAAUACUGAAUAUAAAAACAGAGGGGGCAAAAUUAAAUUGCAAUAGCGAUAUAUUCACAAGUUGUUAACUCAAACAAUUAACAAAGUCAUUUGCGCUUCUAAGGGAAAGAGGUAUAUCCGGAAUUAACGUCUAACGUUAAUCAUGCGAUGAAAUGCUCUGGUGGGUUUUCACAGUGCACUGUAGACAGCUAACGAAGCUUUUGCAAACUCAAUUACCGUGUGUCAUUCCUCGGUUUUGAACUCUCUACUUUGACAACAAAAGAAAAAGUUAAAAUUAAAGUACCGAGAACUAGAACAAAGUGAAAUUCUUUCAUUCGGAGUAGCGUAUGACGAACGCAACUAGCACAUUGAAAUGUUCAUUUACAAAAGUCAGAUAAAUAAAAAUACAAAAUUACUAUUCAAGAAAUAGUGUUCGUCUUUCUUUUGCCACUGCAGAUUUCAUCAUUGAUCGAUUUCAAGCCGUAUACAAUGUAACACAUACACGAGAACAAAUGGAACACAUCUAGCUGUAAUAUAACGAGGGAGUCGUUAGGUUGUUACAGAACUAGUGAAUACUUAGUCCACUCUAUCGAUCGUAUCUAUUAAUUAAACAUUAAGACGUUAUUGUGAUGUUAUAAUGCGAGGAACGUGGAGAAAUGGAAGGCAUAUGAGAGAAACACUGGAGGAGAAAUAAACGGAAUCAAUGAUUAUGUAUAUAUGCGAUUAAAGCCGAAAUGUUUCGAAGAUUA